UAACGAUUUAGACGAUAGCGAUAGCGGUAUUGAUGAGUGUUUCCAGUGUUUGUCUAUCUCAAAUUAAUUUGUUGAAAUGUAAUGAAAAUACGCAACAGCUAAUUUAUUUAAAUUUGAUAAUUUUACAUUUUUCCGUGAAUGAUAUAAUAACUUUUGGCCCAUCAUGAAACUGGUGCUUACAAAAUCAUUGCAGUGUUUUAUACUGCUACUCUUGCUGAGUCUUGUUUUAUGUGAAAACAAGUACUCAAAAAAUGCUAAUGAAAAGCAAAAGAACAAAAAGGUAGAUUUCAGGACUUUAGAGAAACCGUUCAGAAUGAACAAGCUUAAUAUUUUGUGGACAAAAGCCAAGCAGCGUUUAAGCGAGCCGAAACUGCAAUCACUAUAUAGUGAUUUGAUGAUACACGACAAAGAAGAAGUGACUUAUAAACGCGUGAAAAGCGAAGGGGGUGACAAAGAGGGGCUGAAGGAGGCGGAGCUGCGGCGGAAGCUCACCAACAUCAUGACCGUUUAUGGGCUUCGGGAACACUUUGACGACCACUCAAGAGGCAAGAUCAAGGACCACCCAGCUCACAAUUCUGCAUUGGAUGACCAUAUCAACAGGAGCAUUUUCAAAGACAAGAAGUUGAACAUGCUCUGGUCAAAGGCAGAGGCGUCAGGCUUCACCAGUGAAGAGCUUGCUGCUCUGAAAGAGGAGUUCAGCCAUCACCAGGAGAAAAUAGACCAAUAUUAUGAGCUGCUCAAUAAUGUUGAUAAUAUUAAGAGUGAUGGUUUUAAAAAUGCAGUAAAUGAGGAAGAAUUGGACAGAUUCAAUGAAAUUAAUUACCAGACAAAAACCAAUGAAAUUGGCCAGAAGGAUUAUCUUGAUGCAGCUAAUUUAGUAAGAGAUAAACACAGAGGUUUGAGGGACGGAUAUGACAGACUUCAGAGGAUGACAGCCAGAGGUCCUAAUAACAAAGAAUUCAUCGAGCCUAAAGUACAAGGACUAUGGAAAAUAGCUACAGCCGCCAAUUUCACUGUAGAUGAACUUGAAUCUUUGAAGGUCGAGCUGCAGCACUACGAGUCCAGGCUGCUGAAACUGCGCCAUAUCCAAGCAGAUCACGUAAGCAACUUCGAUAAGCAUCACAGCAAGAUAGCGGCAGCUGGGGAUAAACUGGAUCACUUCGACGAGCAGCAGCAGAUGAUCAAGAAGCACUCUCGUAAGGUGGAGAAACUACAUCAAGACCUCGAGAGCAGGAUCCUCGCGAGGCACUCAGAGUUAUAAGUUAUCAACUAUCAUGUCUAAUACAUAAGUAUAGUCUGUUGUUUCUACUCGGGGGUAUAUGUCUCAAUCAUCCGCAUUACGAGUCUAACGGCCAUUGGAUUCGUCAAAAUUUCACUGAUACUGACUCUUAAGGGCGCGGGCACACUGGCGAUUUGCGAGCGAGGCGAGCGCGCAGCGAGUUCGCCGCGAUCACGUUGCGCGCCCCCUACGCUCUCGGCUCGCUUUCAACUCUCUCGCAAAUCGCCAGUAUGCCCGCGCCCUAAUUGCCUGCAUUUUUACUUGCUCCAGUUACACCGAUCGCACGGGUUGCUCUCGCUGGAACAUGUUUCUUUCUUCUUCUAUGCAGAAAAAGUAUCCCAAUAUGCGCCGUAUGCAGGAGUAAUGUCCCAUCCCAGUAUGUCAUGUCAGUACGCAGCGAACUCGCUGCGCGCUCGCCUCGUUUUCAACUCGCUCGCAAAUCGCUAUUAUGAUAGCGCCCCGCACUAUUCAGUGUAUAGUAAUAAAAUCUAAAGCCUGACCAGUAAUAUAUGAUCACGCGCCAUAUUGCGGAAUUUCAUUGGAACUACAUUUUUCAUACUAAACUGAAAUGUCACCCUAUACAUGAAAAUAACAGCGCCCUCUUGCCAAUGAUCAUGAUCAUUUCUGGUCGGGCUUUAUAUCCUUGUCAAGUAAAUACAGGAUGUAACAAAAAUUGUGGGGAUCCGUUUAACCUUUUCAACGCCAAAAACCACUAAAACGGUCGGUUGGUGCCCGCGACGCCAAAGACCAUUAAAAAGGUUAUGGCGGACGUUGUCAAAGCGACUUUCCUACUGUCAGUUAAGCUUCAUAUUCGCUCUUCACCAGUUAACUUUUUGGCGUCCAUGGCAUUUCUUGACACGUGUGGAAAAGCGUUGAAAAGGUUAAGGGCAUAUUCGGUAUAAAAAGUAGAAGUUUCUUUUUUGACAAAAAUAAUUUGGACGACCCAACCCAUAGAAAAAAAAACCUAUUUUUUUACCUUUUCCUAAUACCGAAUAUGCCCUUAAAUGGAUCUCCACAAUUUUUGUUACACUUUGUAUAGAUGUUGGUAUUACAUUGUAUUUACAUAUUGAUUAUAAUAUUAAUACUAUGUUGGACAUCAGUGUCACGGUUAUGGUUAUAUAAAAAAAUACUAGUUACUGACACAAUUUUACAGGCCGAAAAUUGUUAAUUCCCAAAACGAUUAAGAUUCGGUCUGAAGCUGAACAAAAACAUAUAUUAAUUAUUUUGAUGUAUGGUAGCAUAGUCAUUUGUUACAAGUGCAAGGCAGCUUUUGCUAAAUGUUAACUAACAGAUGUACGUAAUAAGUAAUAAGAAUCUCUUCAUAGAAAUUAUGUAAUAAAUCUGUAUAUUUCAUA